AUGCCAGCUCAUCAUUCAAAACGUAAACGAGCGAAUGAAGUACAUAGUGCUAGAGUAACACAACGUGGUAAUGUACCAAAAACAACCAAACAAGCCGAUGGUAAAACACCUGUUGGUCCAUGGCUUUUGGCAUUAUUUGUUUUUGUUGUUGUUGCACGAAAUUUAAGUUCUAAACAUCGUGUAGAAAACUCAAUUAAUGAAGCAACUAAAUUAGCUCGUGAUUUAGAACGUCUCGAUCCAUCAUAUGGACGUGAAUAUAAACAACGUAUCGAUGAAAUUCGUCAACGUUUAGAGAAUGUUAGUAAAAUUCCUGUACAUGGUGCAUGGAAUUCUGGAUUUGAUUCAGAAGUUGAUAAACUUGGACAACAACAACGUGAUUUACUUCUACGUGGUCAUGGUUCAUUAGUUCGUACGGGUGAAACAUUACAAGUAUCUCGUCAAACUGCUCAUGAAACUGAACAAUUAGGAAAUGAAAUAAUGACUGACUUAACAACACAACGUGAAGCACUUUUACGUACACAAAAUAAAUUAAAUGAAGGUAGUGAAAAUUUAAAAGCUGGUAGUAAAACACUUCGAUUAAUGUAUAGUAGAGUUAUAAUGAAUAAAGUACUUCUAAUAACAAUAAUUCUUAUUGAACUUGGUAUAUUAGGUGGUAUUAUUUAUUGGAAAUUUUUUUCUAAAUAA